UCCAAAAAGGCUUGGAUGACCAGACUGUUGUUCCGUCAAUGGUUCCACGAAGAGUUUGUCCCCGCUGUUCGAAAAUUUUCGGCCGAGAGAGGAUUGGAGCCAAAGGCAUUGCUGGUUCUUGAUAAUUGCACCAGUCAUUAUGACGUUGACGAAUCUCUACAGAGUGACGAUGGACUGAUUCAAGUGAUCUACUUCCCACCAAAUGUAACUGCUGAAUGCCAGCCGAUGGACCAAGCGGUCAUCAAUGCAAUCAAGCGAAAGUAUAAAAGAAAACUGAUGCUCGCAUUAAUUCUGGAAAACGAACACUUAAGUUUCGAUGAACGAUUGAAGAAGAUUAAUCUUCAACAGUGUAUUUCGUGGUUGGCAACCUCUUGGGAGGAGAUAUCUGACAAAACUAUACGUAAUUCGUGGAAGAAAUUGAUCGAUGGUUUGUCGGAGGAUGCUGUUAAUGUAGACUCGAAAGCGGCCGAUGAUGACUUCAAAGCGCUUGUGUCCAGGAUUGACAGUUUGGCAGGAACAAAAACAUCUGAGCAAGAUAUUGAUCUGUGGAUCAAAGAUCAGGUGUAUGAUGCUGAUCAUAAUCCAGAUUGGGUAACCAGUGAAGUGUUCUCUGAUGACGAGAUUUUGUCAUCAGUUCUCAAGAAAGAUCAACCUGAAAUGCAAGAAGAAUGGUUGGUAGACACAGAAGAUGGAAGUAAUUCGUUUGAUACUUCCAUUACUAGUACCGGAGAUCCUGAUUUUGGCGAUGCAAUCAAGUCAAUUGAUUGCCUAGUUCGCUAUAUGAAGCAUGAUGUUGCAGAAGUAUGCCGUUUGAACGCGCUACGUUCGAAAAUCACUGAAGUUGAAUGGCUAAAACGAGCAUGUUGA